CAGAGUAUUGUAGAAGGCCGGCUAGCUCAGUCAUGCGACACCUAGCUUAACUGGCGAGAUGUGAUUGAUAGCCUGCGUUGAAAAUGGCAACAGGUGGAGAUGACAUUAUCACGGAUAUAUUGCCAGUGUCCUUUUCAAGACGAGCGUUUAAUAAAAACAUGGACAUUGUUAAAAAAAAAGGCCGCCCGACGCCUUAACACCUCAAGCUCGGUCAACCUGCAAAAACAGGCUAUGUGCGCCACUUUCAGGCUAGCAACUGGGAACGAUACACUUGGCUCACAGGCGUCAGGUCAUUGAUUUGUCUGCAGCACUGAGAGAAAACAGAGCAGAUGCCGAAGCAAUCGUUGCAGGUCAGGAGCUGACUGCCGUUCUGAACAGCCCAGUUGGUUCACACAGGCUCCUAAAGGAAAGCAGCAGUGCUUCUCAGCAAUUAGGAGCACUUUUGCAUCUCCCUGGCACCCAGCAGGGUAUGGAGAGGAUGGAGAAGAGUACCACCAUCAAGUGAGAAGGUCUGCAGAUCUGUGUGUCUGUUUGACUGAGGGUGGGGCUGCACACACGCACACACAGAAACAGGCACAGCAGAGAGCAAAACAGCAGGCAGGGUAAAGCGUGCACUCUGGCUGCUUUCAGACCAAAUCCAAGAAGUUGUCUCAAGAGAUGGGAAAUGCCUCCGAAACAUUUCUGCUCGUGUCCAGAAUAUCCAAAGACAAUGACUUCCUCAUGGCCACUCUCUACACCAUUUUUGGUGUGCUGUCGUUGUUGGGGAAUGGGAUUCUGCUGUUCGUGGCCUAUAGAAAGAAGUCUUCCUUGAAGCCAGCAGAGUUCUUUGUGGUUAACUUGGCCAUUAGUGACCUGGGCAUGACCUUAACCCUGUUCCCACUGGCCAUCCCCUCAGCCUAUGCUCACAUGUGGCUGUUUCAUAAGACAACCUGUGUAGUCUACGCCUUCUGCGGCGUUUUGUUUGGCCUGUGCAGUCUGACCAACCUCACUGUGCUCUCCUCUGUCUGCUGGCUGAAGGUCUGCUGCCCAAACUAUGGUAACAAAUUCUCCUACUGCCACGCCAGCCUGCUCGUCGCUGGGAUCUGGUGCUACGCCGGAGUCUUUGCCGUGGGUCCCCUGUCGGGUUGGGGAGAGUACGGGGCAGAGCCUUACGGUACAGCGUGCUGCAUCAAUUGGCACGCUCCCAGCGAGAGCACUGCAGCUAUGAGCUACAUCAUCUGCCUCUUCUUCUUCUGCUACAUUGUGCCCUGCACUGUCAUCUUCCUGUCCUACACAUUCAUCCUGAUGACGGUCCGGGGCUCCCGUCAGGCUGUGCAACAGCACAUGUCCCCACAGAACAAGACCACCAACGCACAUGCACUUAUCGUUAAGCUGUCUGUGGCAGUUUGCAUCGGUUUCCUGACAGCAUGGAGUCCAUAUGCCAUCGUGUCCAUGUGGGCAGCAUUUGGUAACCCAGCGACUGUACCCCCAAUGGCUUUUGCCUGGGCAGCUAUCUUUGCCAAGUCCUCCACCCUUUAUAACCCUAUUGUCUAUCUGGUUUUCAAGCCCAACUUCCGCAAGUUCCUGUGUCGGGAUGUGGCCAAGUGCAGGAGGACACUCUGUGGAUGUCUCUGUCAGCACAGCUCCACACAGAAAGUAACUUGCAUGCAAUCCCAUCACAAAGAGGAGUGUGACUCCACAAGGUUGUCCAACGGGCUGCCAGAGAACCACGGAACCUGUAGACACUGUCCUUGCCCUGAAACAGUCACUGGAAACAGAGAAGACUACAGCCCCCAGCGGACUGCCAGGAUACUUAAAGGAUCGCAACAUAGUGAGGUGGCAGUCAGCCAGAUGUCUAAUGAGUUGCAGAGCGACUUCCUCUAGAGAAACAAACACACAGCUGAACAGUGAGAUGGUGAAACAGGAAGAAAAAUAGAUGGGGAAAAAAUGAAGGUUGAAAGACACUAAAUGCAAGGGAAAAUGGAAUGAAAAAUGAAAAGACAAAGACUGAAUGAAGGAAAAAAUGUUUAACUCUAAAAGUUUAAAAACUAAGAACUUCUCAUGCCUCAAACAUGUGAUACUGCCAAAAACAAAACAAAAAACAACGGAGGACCACAAAGUCAGAAGCCAAUGCAGGAGGAUAAAUGAGCCAAACAGACAACCAACAUGCAACAUGCAAAUCGAUACAAGCUGCAUUUCGAGGCAGAUAUUAAAACUUUCUACUUCUUAAACUACCUUUAAUGUAUUUAUUACAAGUACUGUAUUUGACAAUGCAUUUCAUUUGAUAGUGUUUAUGACUGCAUGCCUAAAACUGCAGGACCACAGGGUUGCUGUAGUUAUUUAUUAGGAAAAUUGUUCUCAUUGUUUCUGGGGAUACAUUGAGGUUCCAAAGCCUUAAUUAAUCUAACUGCAGUAGUCCAGCCUCAACAUUUGUCUAGAUUAACUAGGCCUACAAGGAGUGAAGAGCAUAGCCCUGAGGGGCAAAGAUUUGGCUAAGUGAGCCCACUGUUACAUGUGUAAAAAUGAACAUGGACAGCCCAUGAUUCACCCAGGGGGUACUGUAUUGAUUUUUCUGCAAAGAGCAGCUGCCAAUGUCAAUUUUGUCUACUCAGCUGUGUCCAGGAUAGAAUGCAUGACUGAAUUAUAAAAGCAGAAGAAUUGGGGGGCAGGACUUUGGAUAACCAAUUAUAAUAUAACCCUCAAUAAGCUCUUUUCUCUCUUAAUAUACUCUGUGGAGACCUCUUGACAGAAAUAGGACCUUCAUUUGAAAUAAACUGCAAGUUUUCAUUUGUACAAAACAUGUGUUGCUUUGGAACCUAUAAUAGACUGAUGAGAGUAAUUAUAUUAUGUUUUAUCUAACAAAAAUAUUUAUCUAGAACAAUAAGGUUGUAGUUAUGCUGCCGUCUCUGGACAUGCUUGAUAUCUAUAGGUGUUCAUCAAACAGAGAGUUGGCUCUUGUACACAUGCUGGACAAGGAUGAUCAGAAGAAGAGGCAUCUUUUAUUUCUGCGAGGCUGAUCAGGUGCGGUCAAGUUAUUUUAAGAAAGAUCAACAGAGCAAUGGCAAGUUAAAGAAUAUGUUUCCUUCUUUACACUUUAGGACGUAUGUUUAUAGGUUUGGUUUCAGUUUCCAUCAGUUCUGCUAAAAAUGUGUGCAUCAAAACUGAAAGUUGACCCGUGAUGAUGAUGAUUAUCCUUAAUUGCAGAAACUGUUUGAGAACUCAGUUACAGCAAACAAGGUCAGUCAAAGUUGCCAUGAAGUGUGUACAUAAAAGGUGAUAGAUGUUUACAAAGAAAAGCGAUUAAUCCCAUCGAGUCUCUUUUCCAGUUUAGUUUAACAACCAGGGACUUCGUUGGUGUAAACUCAAACUUCCAUUCUGUGGCAGACUACGCUUUAUCAAUGUUAUCACGUUCACAGAUUUCAUCAGUAAACUCAGUCAGUAUGUUAUCAUUGCAGACAGGAAUGAUGAAAAUAUAAACCCAAAAUGUAAUAAACUGGAACUAUCCUAUAAA